CAUAAUUUGAUUUCAACUGUAAUCGUUCAGAGCACAAAUAAUGAAAUCAAUAAUCAGACUUUUAAAACUUGCCUGUAAUCUUUUUGCGAUUCCGAUAGCUGGGUGUCAACAGGCAUAUUAUCAUGCUGAAUUUCGCUUGAGGUUUUUUGGAAAGCUUUCUAACAACAAUUACCAAACCAUUUUCUCGGCAGUUGGUGCAACUUUCGGAGAAAGUAUGAACUCGUGUUCAAAGUUUUGUAGCAAAGAUCAGCGCUGUGUUGGAAUAGAGACUUGUCAAAUCAGGUCCGAUUUGUUCCAGUGCCGCGUUUGCUGUGAAUGGAAGAAAAUGGGAAAUAAUGUGGAUGAACAACCUGGUUGUAAAUACCUAGAAAUGAACAAUGGAAAUGGAGAAAAUCUUGCAUCUACCGCUAACCUAAGCACGGUACAUGUACAUCAUGGAAAACCACUUGCAGCAUCCCAUGCAGUAGAUGGAUUGGUGCUGUGUCCAAACACCAGCCAGAUGGCACAUACUAUUUAUGAAAGAAACCCAUGGUUGGCCAUUGAUCUAAAAAAAAAGACAGCAAUGUGAAGAGCGUAGUAUUGUACAACAGGCAGAACUGUUGUGGAAAUCGUUUGCAUGAUGUACAUGUAAACAUUAUUGGUAAUGGAAAGAAUUAUUCGUGCGGUUUUUAUCCUGGACCAGCUAUCACCGGAGACCGCAUAGUGGUUCUAUGUAGGAACGGCGCAUUUGGUAGCAGUAUCACGAUACAAAUUUCAUCAAAUAAUGGAGAAAGUGAUGUCCUCUCUCUAUGCGAAGUAGAGGUGUACAGCAGACCAUGAACUUGUCACGAUGUGAAGUUUCUCCGACCUCAGAUACACACUAAACCAUACUAUGUUUAAUUGCAUUGAUUAUUGAAACUCUUUUUACACUUGUGUGUGUUGUAAUCAAAUACUGAUAAAAGUGUCCUUCCUGAAUCAAUAAAAAAUAACUAUUUUCC